GUCAACUCGCUUUAUUUUUACUCUUUGAAGCAGAGAUCCUCUUUCUGGCAAUGGCGGAAUUGAAUUGCAGUCCAGGUAGCUUCUGACUGGUUCCUUAAUAAUAUGUUUGAUAGUUGACUCUCGGAAAAGGGGGGCUUUGGAUACCCGAAAAAGUGUAGCUUUUCUUCACCCAGUUCCUUCAUUUCUUUAACCCAUCACUGUGUUUGCACUUACGAAACGAACAUUUUUUGGGGGUCCCGCCGCAAUUUAAGUGCCCAUCUUUAUAACUUGUACUCAAUUCGAUCUUCCUCUUUUGACUGUAUUGUACAGCUCACUGAUCAAAAGCUUUAAUUCUACUUCUAUAGAGAAUUGAGUUCUUCUAUAUGCGAUCUAAACCCAAUCGGGUCUUAUCUCCCCUAUUGGGGGGAUAUUGUUGUUAGAUUGAUAUGGGUUCGAAGCCGGAUUUCUCUCCGGCUCCUACUUACCGUCCAUUAGAGACUUUUUGGGACACAGAAGACGACGCCCCUGGUCCCCGCUGCGGCCACACACUCACUGCAGUCGCUGCCACUAAAUCACAUGGCCCUCGACUGAUCCUCUUCGGAGGCGCCACCGCCAUUGAAGACGGACCCACUACGGGAGGCAUCAGGUUAGCUGGAGUGACGAAUGCUAUACAUUCAUAUGAUGUUCUCACCCGAAAAUGGACAAGACUUAAUCCAGCAGGGGAUCCUCCUUCUCCUAGAGCUGCUCAUGCUGCAGCUGCAGUAGGAACGAUGGUUGUGUUUCAGGGUGGAAUUGGUCCUGCUGGGCAUUCAACAGAUGAUCUUUACGUUCUUGACUUAGCCAAGGACAAAUUCAAGUGGCAUAGAGUAGUAGUUCAAGGGCAGGUUCCUGGUCCUAGGUAUGGUCAUGCCAUGGACUUGGUUGCUCAAAGAUAUCUUGUCAUGGUCAGUGGCAAUGAUGGGAAAAGAGUUAUGUCAGAUGCUUGGGCUCUGGAUACAGCUCAAAAGCCAUAUGCUUGGCAAAAACUCAAUCCACAAGGUGAUAAACCCUCUGCUAGAAUGUAUGCAAGUGGUAGUGCCCGUUCAGACGGCAUGUUUCUUCUGUGUGGUGGUAGAGAUUUGCCCGGAGCUCCUCUUGCAGAUGCUUAUGGUCUACUCAUGCAUAGAAAUGGUGAAUGGGAAUGGACUCUUGCACCUGGAGUGGUUCCUUCUCCCAGAUAUCAACAUGCUGCAGUGUUUGUUGGUGCUAGAUUACAUGUUACUGGCGGUGCACUUAGGGGAGGACGAUCGGUUGAAGGUGAAGCAACUAUUUCAGUUCUGGAUACUGCUGCUGGUGUUUGGUUGGAUAGGAAUGGCUUGGUUACUACAUCAUCUCGCUCGAGCAAAGGGCUUACCCUUGAUUAUGAACCGUUUUUGGAGCUUAUGCGUCGUUGUCGCCAUGCAGUUGCUUCUGUUGGUCUUAGGGUUUAUGUUUAUGGCGGUCUUAGAGGAGAUGUUCUGUUAGACGAUUUUGUCGUAGCUGAAAAUUCAUCUGAUAUCAACUCAUCUGUAUUAACAACAUCUAAUGGUGGUGCUAGACAACCGGAGAUUCCUUCGUCUGGUGGUGAUGGUGGCAGCGGCUUGUGCAUGGAUAAGGAUUCGAUGGAGAAACUGACAGAGGCUUCGGCGGCUGAGGCCGAGGUUGCUUCUGCUGUCUUGCAAGCUGCACAAGCAGCGUCGUCAGCUUCUGGCGAAGGAGAAACAUCGAAUUCAGAUGAUAACUCUCAAGCUGUUGAACCCGUUUCGGAUGAAAGUGAUACAGAAGACGUCCGCCUUCAUCCCAGAGCUGUUGUAAUUGCUAAAGAGGCUGUUGGAAAUCUAGGGUUGAUGGUGAGGCAGUUGUCGCUGGAUCAGUUUGAGAAUGAGAGUAGGCGAAUGGUUCACAACGAUCAGUCGAAUUCUGCCAAGAAAAUAUCGAGACAGCAGAAAUCUCAUGAAGAAGGGUUGCAUAAGAAGAUUAUUUCUACAUUGCUCUGGCCUCGGAACUGGAAAGCUCCGGUGCAUAGGAAGUUUUUUCUCGAUUCUUAUGAAGUGGGUGAACUUUGUUAUGCUGCUGAGCAGAUAUUUAUGAAGGAGCCUACAGUUCUUCAACUGAAAGCUCCUAUAAAAGUGUUUGGAGAUCUUCAUGGACAAUUUGGAGAUUUAAUGCGGCUCUUUGAUGAGUAUGGAUUUCCUUCCACUGCAGGAGACCUAACGUAUAUAGACUAUUUGUUUCUCGGAGAUUAUGUGGAUCGAGGACAACACAGCUUGGAGACGAUCACCUUGCUUCUUGCACUCAAGAUUGAGUAUCCUGAGAAUGUUCAUCUGAUUCGAGGGAAUCACGAAGCUGCAGAUAUAAACGCUCUAUUUGGUUUUCGCAUUGAAUGUAUUGAGAGGAUGGGAGAAAAAGAUGGGAUCUGGGCAUGGACGAGAUUUAAUCAACUAUUUAACUAUCUUCCACUUGCUGCAAUGAUUGAGAAGAAGAUAAUAUGUAUGCAUGGUGGGAUAGGAAGGUGUAUUCAUUCUGUUGAUCAGAUUGAGAAAAUUGAAAGACCCAUAACAAUGGAUGCUGGCUCUUUGGUUUUGAUGGAUCUUCUUUGGUCAGAUCCUACAGAAAACGACAGUGUUGAGGGUUUGAGACCCAAUGCUAGAGGACCUGGCCUCGUCACUUUUGGGCCGGAUCGUGUUACAGAUUUUUGCAAGAAGAACAAGCUGCAACUCAUCAUAAGAGCUCAUGAAUGUGUGAUGGACGGUUUUGAGCGAUUUGCUCAAGGACAACUGAUAACUCUUUUCUCUGCAACAAAUUAUUGUGGAACUGCAAAUAAUGCUGGAGCGAUACUUGUGAUUGGCCGAGGGCUGGUUAUUGUUCCAAAGCUCAUUCAUCCUUUGCCGCCACCUCUCCGCUCUCCAGAAGCAUCUCCAGAACGUGUUGUUAUGGAUGACAAUGCAUGGAUGCAGGAGCUUAACAUUCAGAGACCGCCAACCCCUACAAGAGGACGACCCCAGCCAAACCUAGAUCGUAACUCGCUGGCUUAUAUCUAAUUAUAGAGAUUUUUUAGGGGUGGUUUGUGACACAUAUAUGUAUUUAUAUUUAUUGUGGUUAAUUGGUAGGAUGUACAAUCUAUAUAAUAUAGUUGUUAAAAGGUUUUUAUAGUAAUCUCAAAAUCUUUGUUUUAUUUUCUUCUA